UGCAGCUGAGCUACAGGAUGGCGGGUAGAGGAAGAGGCGGCUCGGGAGGUGACGGCUAUGAUUCCUAUGAUUAUACGUAUGACUAUGGUCAUGAUUCUGCUGGCUCAUUCAAUUUUGUAUCAGAGUCCUGGAUGACCUCAUGUCCGAUGCCCUCUAAUGAUGGAGCAAAACAUUUGGGACCUGGCAGAGAUAGCUAUGGUCCCUACAAUCGAAUGGAUCGGGGCGGAUAUGGGUUCUCUGAGCCAGAGAGAGGAUAUGGCAAUUGGAGAGCCCAGCAGACUGCCCACUCUUCUCAGCUGGGGUGGAGGGGAAAUGCAAGAGGAGGACUCGGAGGUAACUACAGGCCCCCUCCAGCCAUUAGAGGACCUGGUCAUCCCAUGCCACUCCUGAACCAAGGAACAUUCAAAGAUCUAGCUGGCUUCCAGGGACUGAGGGCGUUCACUGGCAACUCAUACUUCGGAGGAGGAUUCAAGCAGAAGUCCAGAAGACUCUGGAAAGAUAAAAAAAAGCUGGAAGCAGAAGGAGGAGGAGGACCAGCAGAGAAGAAGAUUAAGGGAAGCACAGAAGAUAGCGGGGCAAAAUGUGAAGAGUCGGAAUCUGAAGGAGAUGGAGAACAUGCAGAAGGAGCAGAAACCAGCACCAUGACUGAGGCUGAGGACAAACAAGAGGAGGCAGAAGAGACAGACAAGGAUGACAAGGUUAUUCAUCAUUCUACAGAACAGAAACAAACGCCAGCCAAGAAACAGCAAGAAGUCCAGAGCAGACGCCAGCGAGACAGGAUGGUGGAGAGGAUCCAGUUUGUGUGUUCUCUGUGUAAGUUCCGCACCUUCUACAGUGAGGAGAUGACCAGCCACCUACAGAGCGAAUUCCAUAAGGAGCAUUACCGCUUUGUGGGAGGAAAACUUCCCAAGCAGUCAGCUGACUUCCUGCAGGAAUAUAUAUCACACAAGACAAAGAAGACUGAGGUAAGACGUAAUGUUAUUGAAGACCUCGGCACCACAAUCCAGCAAAUUUACCGGGACCAGGACCUUACCCAAGAGUUUGGAAUGGAGCAUUUCGUGAAGAAGGUGGAGGCCGCUCAUUGUGCUGCUUGUGACAUGUUCAUCCCCAUGAACUUCUCAGCUUUACAGCGACACAUCCGAACCCCGCCACACAACCAGAACCGCAGGAACAUGAUGGAGAACUCUAAGAAGACGGCACUGACGGUAGCAAGGAGCAUACUGAAUAACAAGCUGAUCAGUCAAAAGCUGGAACGCUAUAUAAAGGGUCAGAAUCCUUUCCUAGAAGAGCAGGAUGAGGCCCCAGGAAGUAGCAGCGCUGGUCUGGAGGCCUCUGAAGGUCAGGCAGUGACUGCUACAGCAGACAGUUCCUGUGAAAAUCAAGACUUGCCGGCAUGCAGUUCUUCCACAAUUGCUGCUCCCCCGGAGACUAUGAGCUCUGAAGACGCCUCUGAAAUAAAGAUGACCGGGGAUAGUGAAAUGUGCGCCCCUGGUGGUCAGGAAGAGCUUACAGAUACCGGGGUUAUGGAGGAUCCCCUUCAUGAGCAUGAAACAUCAGAAGCUACAGAGAUGAAAUACUGA